AUUAUAAGAGUGAGCAGGUAGAGGUGUGGAAUCAUUUUGGAAACAAUAGAACACCCCUCAGGACUCACCUGAACCACCAAUAGGAAUAACGUGGAACGAGCGAUUGGACUGUUUCUUAGGAUUUAAUUGUAUUGAUCGGACGGAUAUCAAGCUGUCAGGAGGCUACACACAACAUCUAUUGAAAGAGACGAAAUGUGUGGAUUCUUCCAGAGGCACCUCCAGAAUAGGCUGUUGGAACGAAGAAUUCGUAGAAAUAGGUUAGUGACCAAAGAUGGCCGCUGCAACAUCGAGUUUGGCAACGUGAUGUACAGCAACCACUUUGCCUUCAUCGCAGACUUCUGGACCACAUUUGUGGAGAUCCGUUGGCGCUUCGUCCUCUUCUUCUUCAUUGCUGCCUUCACCCUCAGCUGGUUCAUCUUUGGUCUUCUAUGGUACUGGAUUGCCCGUAGCAACGGAGACCUAUCAUGGCAGAACCCGCCCGACGGCCAUACGCCAUGCGUGGACAACGUGCAGGGACUCACCGCCUCUUUCCUCUACUCCCUGGAAACGCAGACCACCAUCGGCUACGGCGGCCGCGCCAUCACCCCUCUCUGCCCGGGGGCAGUCGCCCUCAUCGUCAUCCAGUCCCUGAUCGGAGCCAUCGUCAACUGUUUCAUGUGCGGCAUCAUCCUGUCCAAAAUCUCCUUGCCUAAAAAGAGAGCCAAGACCAUCACCUUCAGCGAAAUGGCCGUCAUUUGUCCCAAGAAGGGCACCCUGUGCCUCUCCAUCCGUGUGGCCAACAUGCGGAAAACUCUGAUGAUCGGGAGCCAGAUCUACGGCAAGCUGCUGAGGACAACCCACCCGGCAGACGGGGAGACCAUCAUCAUGGACCAGGUGAACAUCGACUUCACGGUGGAAGGAGGGAAGGACAACCUGUUCUUCGUGUGUCCCCUCACGCUCUACCACGUGAUCGACAGGAACAGCCCCUUCUUCGAGAUGGCCGUGGACACCCUGCACAGGCAGGAGUUUGAGCUGGUGGUGUUUCUGGACGGCACAGCGGAGUCCACCAGCUCCUCGUGCCAGGUGCGCACCUCCUUCAUCCCUAGGGAGAUCAUGUGGGGCUAUGACUUCCUCCCCAUCAUCUCCAGGAGCAAGCAGGGCAAGUACAGGGUGGACUUCUCGAACUUCUCCAGGGUAGUGCCUGUGACCACUGCACACUGUGUCUGCUGUUUCCACAACCUCAAAGGGCACCAUCUCCACUCCAGGGAAGGACAGGUCAAUCAGGGGUUUGAGGCCAUUGAUAUUUCUGAGCAGCACCCUACAGUCACCAAGAUGUGAGACAGCCUUUUGUUCGGGGGAAAUAUGAAUUCUGUUGCGUAUAUGAAAGACAAGAACGAUGUGUGACAGCAGGUGCCAAGAAUCACAAUGCAAGUGAAGAAAUUGUAGCCUACAGUCGGCCAAGCCAUUGUGAUGUAUUUGUAUGUAACGCAUGGCUGUUCCUGUCAGACCACAGAAAGAGAGAGAAAGCAAACCGAUCAGCAAUGAUAAUAAUGCUCUGAAUUGAAAGGAUGAGGAAUGCUUGGAUUGAGUGGUUUGACCGAAAGGAUAUUGAAAUAUAUCCUGCCACUUGUCCUUGGGAAAUUCCUGACCAUCUUGUUACUGAAAGCCUUUAACUUUUUUCACCGUAGCCUUUUAGAAAAUUUUAAGAAAGUUGCUAAUUUAUUCUUGUCAUUGUCUGUAUGCGUGUUUUUUAGAGACCAAAGUGUGAACAUUCAUUCAUUUUAAACAAUAGGAGUUCCUAUUAUCCUUUCUUUGUUAUUUGCCUGGAAAGACUGUGAGAAAAACGCUCUUAUGAAUACACUUAAUGGAUGGCUGAUUGCAGCAAUAAAUAAUAUAUGAAAGUCAUUACUUAAUGCUUUGGACCUUAGAUAAUAAAUUAAAUGUUAUUUUUGCACUGACAGAAAUUGCUCUAUGUGAUAUUCUGUUCCAACCAAGCUAUUGCAGUACUUCACAUCUGUGUUCAGAAAGGUCAAAUAAACAAAACAACAGGUGCAAUCCCCUGUUCAUGCUUUUCAUCUCUAAAACAAAGCAAAGUUGUGACAGCAAAUAAAUUCUGAGCACGACAGGAUGCAAUUGUUGGAGAAAAGAAGACAAUUAGUUUAGGUAUUUAUCAUAACGUCCAGAUGCUAAAAGCAUCUUUCCCGAUACUGCUCUUGUUAUUUGUCACAGAGAAAUUGAAUUUGUGAUUAUACUCUUGAGCUUGUUUAGGGUAGAGGAAAUGCACGUUGGCCAUACCAUACUACAGCAAUAGCAAGCAUACCAAUAGGAACCAGGAGGCAAGUAAGAAAAAUAUAUAAUUAUAGAAUAAAUACAUAAAUCACGAUACACAGUAUUGUGUAAUCACAGUAAAUGAGCAUUGAGUAUACGCUUAGCUUAAAAAUCUCAAAACGAAUGUUUGCAGUUGUUAUGAUAAUUACUAAUAAACCACAUGUCUAAUUGCCCUAUUUAAAUAUAUUUAGUUUGAAAUUAAUUCAAAGAGCAAGAUAAUAAGAUAAGCCAGUCAAAUGUUGAACCUUGCACGCUGCCUACUCAUCGUAAAUCUAUUAAAUAGCACCAGAAGUUAAAGCCUGGCCUCUUGUGGCUGAAACAUGUAUCACAAAUGUAAACUUUUCACUUCCAAAGGUAUGUUGUUAGUUAUUAAACAACACAUAUACUGAGAUAUCCAACCACCAGUUAUUAAAGACUUAAUCUGUGGAAUGCAUGUAAAGCGUCUGUUCCAUUUGAUUGUUAGUUAAUUUAAGUUAACUCCAUUACAUGUCCUGUCAAUAACAUUAUUAAAUUAAGGAGAAUGUGUUUAUGCAAAAAUUGAGUGGGAAUAAAAUGUUCUGAUGCACAAAGGCUUUAAACCAGACAAUAUCCUGAAUGGCUUAUUUUGUAGGAUAAUAAAUGACAAUUAAAAAGGAGACAGCAGAAAAUAGCCAAGUGUUGCCUUUAGGGAGUACUAAUGCAUUUUACUUAUUUAAAUAUUUUCAUAAGUUGUUAUGCUUCAAUACAAUUGACACAACAGACAAUAUACUUUGAGAGGUAAAAACAUUUAUUUGGUCACAUUUUUCCUAUACAAAAGCCCUUUUUCAAAAGGUAUUACUUAAUAGAUUGCAGAAAUAAAAAUAAUAAUAAUAAUAAUAAUACAUUGGUUAAUUGUAAAUUAUACAUAUAUAUAUAUAUGUAUAUAUAUAUUUGAUCUCCAAAAUACAUUGCAUAUAAUAAGUAGCACGGUUCCCUUUUCAAUAAUUAUUUUUAGACACAUGAAUGGGUACAGAUUUAGAAUAAAUUCUAAAAAAUGCUACAAAUUACAUGUUCCCUUCCGAUUGACUUGUCUAAAGCUAUGGAACUUAAAGAAAAGCUGAUUAACAUUGUUGGUAAUGUUUUGCAUAUUUUGUUGAGCAGAUUGUAAGGCACAUGGAAAGCUGCCAAAUCUAUGGGUUAUUGUGCAUGAGAAGUGAUUUCAAAAUGAAAAUGAACCACAAUCAAUAUAUGAAGAUUACAGAGUUAAACAUAAUUUCCCUUAAAUUGGCUUUUGAAAUAAGAAGCAGGCAUCUGUGGUAUUAGCAACAACAAAAAGAAACAAAUCUUGUGCACUUCAAGGCACGGAGCACGUUACAAAUCAAAUUUCGAAAAUAAUAAAAAUCACAUGAAACAUUAAAGUAAAAAUGUAUUGCCCAAAUGUACAGAUAUAAAAUGUUGAACAAACUACGUAGCAGAAAUGGACUCAAAAGGUUUGCAUUUUUGACCGAGGUCAACUCGUAUUAAUUCUCUUGAUUUUUCUUUAUACUGUGUCACAUAUGAAAAUAACUCUGCAUAAUUUAUACAGUAAGUUGCUUUAAUGCCUAGUUGAAUGAUGCUUACAAAAUAAUAGAACAUAGGUCUGACAAACGCACAGCGUUCGCGAAUCUGAGGAUUUCUUUGUUUCAUCUUGUCAUACUUAAUUUGUUUGGUUCUUUGACAAACGACUCAUUCCUAAGCAAUUCAUUGUUCAAGUGUCCAUUUUCAGAUAUUUCAAAAGAAAUAC